AUGACUGGGGAAGAAACGUGCGGGGGACCCCGGGGCGGGCCGGGCUGCGGGGGCUGCGCAUCCCCAGGGGUGUGCGGGGGCGGGGCCGCCCGGGCGCGGAGCCGGGUCUGGGCUGCGGGGCGGCGGGAGCGGGGCUCGGGGGUGACAAAGAGGUGUAAGGCAGAUCAUGCGGAGAUUCAGAAGCAAAGCAAGUGCGGUUCUCCUAACGAGAAGUCUAACUUUUCUGAGCAAGUCGUCGAAAGCUUUCCACCUGAUAUAUCUACUGGUGUAUACUAUGGAUGGGCCUGUGUUGGAAAUGGAGAUGUGCAUAAAAUGGUUUUGAGCAUAGGAUGGAAUCCUUUCUAUAAGAAUAUUAAGAAAUCAGUGGAAACACACAUUAUCCACACUUUCAAAGUUGACUUCUAUGGAGAGAUUCUCUGAAUUGUCCUUCUUGGAUAUAUUCAAUCAGAGAAAAACUUCAGUUCUUUAGGGGCACUCAUUUCAGCAGUUCAAGAAGACAUUGAAGAGGCAAAAAGACAUCUGGAUUUACCAGAACAUCUUAAACUCAAAGAAGACAAUUUCUUUCAUCUGCCAGAAAGCAAAAGAGGAAACCACUAA